UACUGCAGAUGUGUUAUAGCGCACGACCGCCCCCUGGUUUGUUUGCUCUGCUGAUUAAAACAUCCAAACACCACGGACGAGCUAGCUAGCUUCUUUCGUCCAUUUUGCUUUGCUGUUAGCUAGUUUAUUGCAGAGAUGGAAGACAGUGAAGAGCCGGGUUUAGUUCACUCUCACAGCUCGACUUCUGGGUCAAAAUCGAGCAGUGACAAGAUGUUUUCUCUCAAGAAAUGGAAUGCUGUUGCAAUGUGGAGCUGGGAUGUGGAGUGCGAUACAUGCGCCAUCUGUAGGGUCCAAGUUAUGGAUGCAUGCUUGCGGUGUCAGGCUGAAAAUAAACAAGAGGACUGUGUCGUGGUAUGGGGAGAGUGCAACCACUCUUUCCACAAUUGCUGCAUGUCUCUCUGGGUGAAGCAGAACAAUCGCUGCCCACUGUGCCAGCAGGACUGGGUCGUGCAAAGAAUCGGCAAAUGAAGUGCUCUAACUUCCCCAUCCUUCCACUGCAAGUUUGGACAGGAGACCGGACUGAAUACUGCAACCUUCUAUGUACAUUGUGUGUGCAUGCUGCUGUCAUUCCUUCAAUGCUAAGAUAUAGAUUGAAUGGCCAAUAUCCUGGUGAAGACGUCCUACUCUUCGAUGGAAAUGUCGGCAGGUGCAGGGCAAAGCUGAAGAACUGAGGAUAGUUGCUGAGCUUGGUGUCAUGGUUAACUUUUUUUUGUCGUCCAAGAUUUUUUUGUGAGAGAAAAAAGUUGGUUAUUAAAAUAAGUCUAAGCAUA